UCUGACCGGAGCAUCCUCGGCAUUCCCGGGGGACCCGCUCCGCCCGGAGCAUCCUCGGCAUUCCCGGGGGACCCGCUCCGCCCGGAGGCUCCGCGGGGGUUCCAGCGGAUCCGGUCCGCUCCGGACAGAGGCUCCGUGCGGCUCCCGGUCCGCUCCUGCCGCGGUUCGGUUCCGCCGCCGCUCCGGUCCCGCUCCCCGCCAUGAGCUCCGCGCCCUGCCCCUCCCGGGAGCCGCCCCGGUACCUGAGCCAGGCGGAGGCGGAGGCCAUGGAGAAGGAGCUGCUGGAGGAUUAUCGCUUCGGGCGGCAGCAGCUGAUCGAGAUCUGGGGACACGCCUGUGCCGUGGCUGUCACCAAGGCGUUCCCGCUGCUGUCGCUGCGGCGCAGGCAGCCCACGCUGCUGGUGGCGUGCGGGCCGGCGCAGCACGGGGCCAUCGGGCUGGUGUGCGCCCGCCACCUGCGCAGCUUUGAUUACGAGCCCACCAUCUUCUACCCCAAGCGCUCCCCGGACCCGCUGCACCGCGACUUCACCACGCAGUGCGAGAAGAUGGACAUCCCCUUCCUGUCCUACCUGCCCGCCGAGGUGCAGCUCAUCAACGACGCCUACAACGCCGUGGUGGACGCGGUGCUGGGAGCCGAGGUGGCCGAGGGGACAGAGCCGUGCGCGGCCAUCCUGGCCACCCUCAAGCACGUCCGCAUCCCCAUCGUCAGCCUGGAUGUCCCCUCAGGCUGGGCAGCCGGGGCUGGUGGCAGCGGUGACAUCCGGCCGGACGUGCUGGUGUCGCUGGCGGCCCCCAAGGAGGUGGCGCGGCGCUUCCAGGGACGGCGACAUUUCCUGGCCGGGCGCUUCGUGCCCGAGGAGCUGCGGCGGAAAUUCGGGAUCGGCCCCCGCCAGUACCCGGGCAGCGACUGCGUGGUGGCCCUGUGACCCCAAAACACUCCUGGGACCCCAAAACACUCCUGGGACCCCAAAAUAAACCCCUGGGACCCCAAAACACUCCUGGGACCCCAAAACACACCUGGGACCCCAAAA